UUCCGGUAGCAGGACGUUUCUCGUCUUUGUACAGGAUGGCGUCUGUGCCGGUGUACUGCUUGUGCCGCCUGCCUUACGAUGUGACCCGAUUCAUGAUCGAAUGUGAUGUCUGUCAGGACUGGUUUCAUGGCAGCUGCGUUGGGGUGGAAGAGGAAAAUGCCUCGGAUAUUGACCUGUAUCAUUGUCCCAACUGCCAGAUAACUCAUGGACCCUCUGUUAUGAAACGGCGGCGGGGAUCUCAGAAGCAAGACGCAGGUAUGAUCAAGGAGGUCGGAAAGCCGGUGAAAACUGGAAGCGCGAGCUUUAUAAAAGAGCUGAAGAGCAGGAAUUUUCCCAGUGCAGAUGAGGUGAUCCUGAAGCCGCAGGGAGCCCAGCUGACCGUGGAGUAUCUGGAGGAGAACAGUUUUAGUGUCCCGAUCCUGGUGAUAAAGAAGGAUGGACUGGGAAUGACUCUUCCUCCCCCAUCUUUCGCUGUCAAUGAUGUUGAGUACUACGUGGGACCAGACAAGGAGAUUGAUGUCAUAGAUGUGGUGAGGCAAGCUGAUCUGAAGAUGAAACUGAAGGAUUUUGUGAAAUAUUACAACAGCCCCAAGAGAGAAAAAGUGCUGAAUGUGAUCAGCUUGGAGUUUUCUGAGACCAGGCUGUCUAACUUGGUCGAAACCCCAAAGAUUGUGCGAAAACUGUCCUGGGUUGAGAACUUGUGGCCAGAAGAAAGUGUGUUUGAGAGGCCUAAUGUCCAGAAGUACUGUCUGAUGGGAGUGAAGGACAGUUACACCGACUUCCACAUUGACUUUGGGGGUACCUCUGUUUGGUAUCAUGUUCUAAAGGGAGAGAAAAUCUUUUACCUGAUCCAUCCGACGAAAACAAACUUGUCCCUCUUUGAAUGUUGGAGCAGCUCUUCUAACCAAAACGAGAUGUUCUUUGGUGAUCAAGUGGACAAGUGCUACAGAUGUCCCGUUAAACAGGGCCAGACUCUCUUCAUCCCAACAGGCUGGAUUCACGCUGUUCUCACUCCAGUGGACUGCUUAGCUUUCGGUGGCAACUUUCUCCACAGUCUGAACAUAUCCAUGCAGCUUAAAGCUUAUGAGAUUGAGAAGCGGUUAAGCACUGCCGAUCUUUUUAAGUUUCCAAACUUUGAGUCCAUCUGUUGGUAUGUGGGGAAGCACUUGCUGGACACUUUUCGUGGGCUUCGUGAGAACAGGAGACACCCAGCGUCCUAUCUGCUGCAUGGAGCCAAAGCACUUAACACAGCAUUCAAAGCUUGGACAAAAAAAGAGGCCAUUUCUGAUCAUGAAGAGGAGAUACCAGAGACAAUAAUCACUGCCCAGCUCAUCAAAGACCUAGACCGAGAGGUCAGACUUAUGGAGGACAUAUUUCAUCAAAAUAUAGAGAAGACCGGCAACCUCUUGGGUCUGACAAGAAGUCCGUUGGCUGGAACCUCCUCUCCCUCCAAAACUGCCCUUACAGCCAAGGGCACAAAGAAGAAGGGUUUAAAACCAAAAGAGCUAUCGAAGAAAGGAGGGAAGAAAAUCAAAGACUUGCUGGAGCCCGGCACCGUUACCGAAUCACCAGAAAGUCCAAGCCCGAAGAAAACCGUGAUGCUAAAGAAAGAAAAGGUGGAAGACUCGUUUCUGGAUGCAGACCCACAGAGCUCCCUCCUGGAUGCCGAACUAAUAGAGAAUAAACUGAGGCUGGUAUUGUCCAAUGGGAAUAACAUGGGAGGUAAGAAAGUUCAGGUUGGAGCAGGGAGCAGGCGUCUGAUGCCCGGUAAUAAGCACCUUAAAAAAGAACAGCUAGAAGCAGACCUGUCCACUGGGGACCCUUUCCUCAUGGAUUCUGAAGAUGACUUACAAAUUGAUGAAGCCCCUCGCAAGGAAAGGAAACCAGCUCCACCUAAGAGAAAGCUCACUAAAUUCCCCAAGAAACUUCCCAGAGCGAAGCCGUGUUCUGAUCCGAAUCGUGUGCGAGAGCCCGGGGAGCUGGAAUUUGACGUGGAGGAGGAUUAUACGACCGACGAGGAUGCCGAGGAGGCUGAUGGAGACCAACUUGGGGCUAGCAGCGGGGGCAUAUUAGACCUCCUGAAAGCGAGUCGCCAGGUCGGGGGCCCUGACUACUCUGAGCUUGAAGAGGCCCCUGCUUCUCCCAGCACGCAGGAAGCCAUCCAGGGUAUGCUGUGCAUGGCCAAUCUCCAGGCCUCCUCCUCUUGCACUCCUUCCAACCUUCAGGCUUGGUGGGCUGCUGGUCAGGAUAAUGGCACUGGAGCGGGAUUGCCACCUGGGGCUAACAAAGCUGCUGGAAAUAACAGCAAAAGUGGUAGCAAUGGGACAGCUGGAAGCACCGGAGGUGGUAAAGUUAUCGUAAGGCCCGGUAAGAGAACCGUGAAACGGCCAGCCCACCGAAGCAUGGACAGUGAUGACGACAGCGCCGAUGAGCAGGAGAGCUUAGGGGCUUGCUUCAAAGAUUCAGAGUACAUUUACCCGUCUUUAGAGUCAGACGAUGAUGACCCUGCCUUGAGAUCUCGUCCCAAGAAGAGGAAGCAAACUGAUGAUGCUCCGUGGAACCCAAAAGCCCGUGUGACUCCAACGCUUCCCAAGCAAGCUCGCCCGGUACGGGAGGGAACACGUGUGGCUUCUGUUGAAACUGGCUUGGCUGUUGCGGCCGCAAGGCUCUCCCAACAGGAGCAGCAGAAAACUCAGAAGAAGAAGGUGACCAACAAGAAGAAACCCCCAAGUGAGCCAGAGCUGCAGCUCCCUCCAGUUGAGCCAGACCCACCCCCGCCUGAACCCCAGGCCGAGGUGUUCUCCGGAAGUCUGGCUGACCACGAAUACACGGCAGGACCCAAUAUAUUUGGCAUGGCUCAAAUCAACAGAGGAACCACACCGAUGGCCCCUGGUGUCUUCUUGUCUCACAGACGGCUAUCUGCAUCCUCUCCAGGGAGCCAAGCAGUUCAGGGAAAACGUCCCAAGAAAGGAUUGGCUACGGCCAAACAGCGCCUUGGGAAGAUCCUGAAGAUCCAUCGGAAUGGGAAGUUGCUUCUUCUGUGACCUUUCUGGGUCCUCCUUGUUGUGCUCCCACACCUGUCCUAUCAUAGCCUACAAAAUGACAUUUUUCAAUGCAGAGGAACGUGUUUUGAACCAGCGCGGAACUGGAUUUUUAACAGCAAUGAACUGUUAUUUUUAUACCUACAAAUACAGAUGUUGUCUUUUUACACACCCACGAUAAAAUAAACCAAAAAGACGUUGGCUUUGGCACCUUCACAAGAGGUUUGAUGGAAAGGUAAACGGGAGAAGAAGAAGAAAGAAGAGUCCCCGCUGGAUGUUGUGUGUUUUUCCUCACGAUUUUAGAAGCGGCUCGUCCCGUAGUGUCGGAUUUAGGUGUUCGCAGAUCAUAGAGAAGUGGUGGCUCUAGCAACGUUUGUCCUCAGCCACCGUAUCGAAGGUUUUGAGAGUCUGGUUAGUUAACUUGUGAUGUCUAAGCAUAUAUUUUUUUCCCUCUGCACAGCGUUUCGCG